AUGGAAUUACCUUAUUCUUCUUACUCACCUCCUUCCUCCUCCUCCACGACAUACUUCUCAAAGAAACCAAAGAUCCCAACACAGCCAUUUCAUUCCUCAUCUCUCCAUACGGUUCGAAAGUCUGUAGCAAAGCCGUGGAAGAAGCCAGUGGCGCCACUGCCUCCAACACCCCCUCGAAUAUACAAGGUGGAUCCUAUUAACUUUCGGGACGUUGUCCAAAAGCUCACUGGUGCAGUCGAGUUAGAUCGGUCUGUGGCUCCACCUCCACUCGAAGUAGGUUCGAAAUCAACUUUCUGUGCAGUGGAGUACCAGCAGGACUUCGCACCAGGGGCACUGGAAAGGAAACAAGGACAGAAAGUGUCGACUGAGAAUAAAGAGGCAACGCUUUCCCUUGGCAUGAAUAUGUCGCCGUCUUCUCAGAAUUGGUUUUCUUUUCCUCUAUUCAGUCCAGGAAGUCUUUCCACUUUGGAACACAGCACGGUUCUUUAG